AUGGUCCACACUGCAAGAGUGGCAUUACUCCUCUUCCCGUGGGUAGUCCAACUGCUAAUCCAUCGAACCUUCGCAAGUGACAUUGUGCCAAAUGACGGAAAGAAGGAUGAUGUACAGAAGAUAAUAAGUGAGUUACGGUUCCUACAAAAGGUAGAAACCAUUUUGGAGAACAGUAACAUGAGCAUUUCAGAUGUAGAGGCAGAUGCGAAUGCAUACAAUCCUGAUAAGGACGCUCCCAAGGAAGAACUUCAGAAGAUCCAAGGCCAACAGGAGGAUUCUGAAAAACAGCCUAGUCAUUUACGUAAUAAAAAUCAACAAGAAAAGGUAGAAAAAAAAGCUUCAUCCAUAAAAAACAAGAAAGCGUUACGAUUAAUCGUGAGUGAGAACCAUGCGACCAGUCCGUCCUUCUUUGAGGAGUCUCUACUUCAGGAUGAGGUGAUGAGCUUUAUCCAGAGUAAAGGGAAAUUGUCUAAUUUAAAAAAUUUGAAAUCGAUAAUAAUAGAUCUAAAUGGAGACAUGACCGAUGAGGAGUUGGCAGAAUAUAUUAACAUGCUGGAGAAGAAGGGGGCUCUCAUAGAAUCGGAUAAGUUGGUGGGAGCAGACGAUAUCAGCAUUGCAUCUAUAAAAGAUGCAGUUAGGCGUGGAGAGGAUCGCGUAAUUUGGGAGAAACUUCACAGUAACAUGUUGGAGCAGAAGCAAGAGGAACACGAGCAUGGAGAUAGUGCCAUCAGUGAUAACCAUGUAAACCGUGGCAACAGUAGCAACUAUGACGAUGAUGAUGAUGAUGAUGGCUUUCUGUCUGAUGUGUCUAGGUUUAAGGAGACCCACUUGGUAGGGAAGGAGAAAAACAAGAGUUACAAAUUCAAUGACGAAUAUAGAAAUCUACAGUGGGGACUAGACCUUGCUAGGCUAGAUGAAACACAGGAUCUAAUAAAGAACAACCGAGUGAGUGUUACAAAGAUCUGCGUGAUAGACAGCGGUAUUGAUUACAAUCAUCCAGACCUAAGGAAUAACAUCGAUGUGAAUGUGAAGGAGCUACAUGGACGAAAAGGAGUGGACGAUGAUAACAAUGGUGUCGUGGACGAUGUGUAUGGAGCCAACUUUGUAAAUAACACUGGUGAUCCCAUGGACGAUAAUUAUCAUGGAACCCAUGUGUCUGGAAUCAUUUCCGCCAUUGGAAAUAAUGGCAUUGGGAUAGUAGGAGUAGAUGGACACUCCAAACUAAUUAUAUGUAAGGCUCUCGAUCAACACAAGUUGGGUCGAUUAGGUGAUAUGUUUAAAUGUAUUGAUUAUUGCAUUAGUAGAAAGGCACAUAUGAUUAAUGGUAGCUUCUCCUUUGAUGAAUACAGUGGUAUCUUCAACGCAUCUGUGGAUUACUUACGAACCUUGGGUAUCCUUUUUAUCGUUUCAGCAAGCAACUGUUCUCAUGAUAAACAUAGAAAACCAGAUAUUACAAAAUGUGAUCUUGCCGUUAACUUUAGGUACCCCCCUAUAUUGUCCAGAACCCACAAUAACGUAAUCGCCGUUGGAAAUUUGAUGAAAGACAUAGAUAAUAGUUACUCUUUAUCUGUGAACUCUUUUUACAGUACCAUUUAUUGCCAACUGGCUGCACCUGGUACAAACAUAUAUUCUACAACCCCCUUCAACAGCUAUCGAAAACUCAAUGGCACUUCCAUGGCAUCUCCUCAUGUCGCUGCAAUCGCAUCCAUCAUUAGAUCCAUUAACCCUAACCUGAGUUAUGUAGAAAUUGUGGAGAUAAUGAAAAAUGCCAUUGUGAAGCUACCCUCUCUCAAGGACAAAGUCUCGUGGGGGGGCUACGUGGAUAUCUUGCGCGCUGUCAAUCUAGCCAUCGACUCCAAGGAGGCGCCUUACAUCAAGUCACAAUCAUGGUUCAGGUGGAAGAAGCGCGUUCGCUGA